CGAGGGCUGGCUGACUUGACUUUGCUUAGCCAAGGGGAAAUGUUGAGCAGACAGAGAGCUGUAAAGCGCGCAACGAUUGGUUACAUUUGGGGCGUCUUCCAAAAAGGCAAGAAAGGGUAGCAAAGCCGCUUCUCUAUAUAAAUCCAUCUCUCAUUUUCUCUUCUCCUGCUGUUGAUUUUAUUCAGCCAGUCGAUCAAACACUUGAUCUGCUUUGAGUUUGUGACUUCCGUGAAUCUAAAGAACGAAAGAAAAAAUGUCAAAACCCUCAUCCAGAUUUAUCAUCAGAUACCUCCAUCACAAUCACAUCUCAUCAAAACCUUCAAUACCCACAAACCCAAAUGCUACUACCAGUAGUAGUAGUAGUACUAGUACUGGUAUGUCUCAUCUUCUUUCUCAUCACCCAAAAAAGCCUAGCCCAAUUUCUCCAUGGCUCUCAACUUCUCAGAGAAUUCAUUUCUCAUGUUCGUCAAUUUCAAAGAUUGGUGAGAACCCAGUUCAAAAUAUUUAUCCACAGUUCAAUUUGUUGUCUACUAGGAAUUUUCUAGGGUUUAGAUACAUGUCAUUCAAGAGUUCUGAGAUGGGUUCUAAAAUGAACGGAGAUUUUGCAAAGAAUGUGGUGAAAAACCCGGUAGGGGCUGUUCAGAAGACCUUUGCUCGGUACAAGGAAGCAGUGGGAUUGCAGAUUGAUGCGUUUUGGAAGAGGAAUUCUCUGGUGUUAAUAGGUGCAGGAGGGGUUGUGGUGUGCAUUUUGUUAUGGAGGGUUCUGUUUGGGAUAGCCAACACUUUUGUUGGGCUAUCCGAAGGAAUGGCCAAGUAUGGAUUUCUUGCUCUUUCCACCGCUAUCGUCGCAUUUGCUGGAUUGUAUCUUCGUUCAAGAUUCACCAUCAAUCCCGAUAAAGUCUAUAGAAUGGCCAUGAGGAGGCUUAAUACAUCGGCUGGGAUUCUUGAAAUUAUGGGUGCUCCACUCACAGGGACAAAUCUGAGAGCUUAUGUAAUGUCUGGAGGUGGUGUUACUUUGAAGAAAUUUAAGCCAGGGCUUCGGGGCAAACGAUGUUUUCUUAUCUUCCCAAUUCAUGGUUCUGAGAGAAAAGGCUUAGUCAGCGUUGAAGUCAAGAAUAAGAAAGGCCAGUAUGAUAUGAAGUUACUUGCUGUGGAUAUUCCCAUGGCAACAGGACCUGACCAGCGUCUAUACCUUAUUGGGGACGAAGAAGAGUACAGGGUUGGUGGUGGACUCAUUUCUGAACUAAGAGACCCUGUUGUAAAAGCAAUGGCAGCAACUAAGGAGUUUGAAGAUCGUGACGAGUUGGAGGACGAAGAGGAUGCUGAAAGAGAACUUCAGGAAGCAGAAAGAAAGCACCAUGAAGAAAUUGAAAAGCUCGAAAGAGAGAGUUCACGAUGAGUGAUUCCGAAAAGGUUUUUAGUAGUUCACGUUUGUUGCAAAGUUGUGUUUUUGUUUUUUCAUUGAGAGUUGUCCAAACAGGAACUUCAUGCCUUCGCCAUCCAAACGCAAAUGUAACCUUCGUAAGACUUGCAUUACCUUAUCCGGCUGAAUGGCUGAUACCUUUUUUCUAGAAAUUAUGUUUCUCCGCAUAAAUUUGAGAUGUGAAAAUCGUAAUAAUCGAAGAAUUUUGAAAGAAUCCGAGACUUUUUG